AUGGGUACCUUUGGUCAUGUAGCUCCAGAGUAUGAGAAAAGUGAUGUCUACAGCUUUGGAGUUGUGCUCUUGGAAGCUAUAACUGGUAGAUCUCCAUUAGACUAUGCUCGUCCAUCACCUGAGGUACAUUUGGUGGAGUGGUUGAAGAUGAUAGUCCAACAAAGACGAUCAGAAGAAGUGAUUGACCCGAACCUCAACACAAAACCAUCUACGAGUGCCUUAGAGAAAACACUCUUGACUGCUCUGAGAUGUGUUGAUCCAAUGUCCGAGAAACGACCGAGGGUGCGCCAAGUUUCUCGUAUGCUUGAGUCCGACGAAUAUCCAAUUCCUAGAGAGGAUAGAAGAAGACGAAAGAGUCAAAACGGGACAACAAGAGAUUCAGAUCCUCCUAGGAACAGCACAGACACUGACAAGAGUGAGUACCUUGACCUAAAGCCGGAAGCUGGAUAG